AUGGAGGAGCCUUCAGGAAGCUCAGUUUCAAGCCAGCCUUUGACAGGAACACUCACAAGAAGUAUGUUACCCUACAAAUUACAGAAGAGAAGAGAGACCCUGUUUGCCCGGAUCAAGAUAAAGUCCAGACACAGAUCUGGUGUUACUCCUAGAGAUCCUGUAAGGCUAACUAGUUGCAUCUUCCCACAGCCUGUGACCAUAAUAACUUCACACCCUGAGAGUAAAACCAGGUACAGUAGAGAUGAAGCUAAGCUGAAGAAACCCCAGCAGCUCUGUGCAUUGAACAGACUCCAGAAACUUCAAGUUGGAGCCAGUAAAGGGAACCUAUCAUGUCCAUUGAAGCUUACAAACCCUAUAGAAAGAAUUGAACUGGGAAUGCAGGAUGAAGCCAUGGACCAAAACAGUGUUGAGGAUCAGCUCAGUCGUGGAGAAGUCACCUCUGUACAACCCCCAUGCUUGGAAAACACUGAGCAAGUAGAUCUUCAGCUGUCACCAUCUUUCUCCAGUCGAGGGGUAACAUUGCCAUUGCCUCUUCAUCUGUCACCAUCUUACUGCAUACAAGAAGUAACAACUUCAGACAUCCAGAGACAGAUCUGGAAGGUAAAGAAAGCCAGGAAAAGACUGGCAGAGGCCUUGGAGGCAGACAGGCUUGCCAGGCAGGCAGAGAACAUGAAGGAGCAAAGAUGA